AAACGGAAGCGGAACCCAGCCAUCAAAUCCAAUUUUCACGAUCACUGAGCACGCUUACAUCCCAGCGGAGGACCUGCGGCUGCUGGUGGUGGUGGUGAUUCGUGGAAUCGAUUCUCGGACCAUAAUAGUCGAUCGAUCGCACAGCAAGUCGUUACUUCGUCUGUGUGUCUCUGGCUCUGGCUUGUUACUGGAGGUCACGCGGCCCAGGAACCAACAAUCCGGUUCAUCACCAGCAAGUGAAGGAGUGAAACGACCGGAAAGGAAAUCCGGUGGGACCGGAUUGUUGGAGCACCGAGCACGCAACAUGGCCGCCAUCGUAAACCAUCUCCAAACAAACACACAGAAUAGAAGCAAACCUAGAACUGCCGCCAGGAUGGAUUGAAGGAAUGGAAAUGGAGCUUUGAGCUUGGCCAUCGUACGUUGUGGGUCGGACACCCAGUCCAGAACAUGCCAGUGAGACACUCGGAAGAGCUUAACAAACGUCAACGGACGGAACACGGACGGCAGCGCCGGCUUCUCGGGGCUUAACGCUUGAUGCGAGCGGACACUCCGCGAGUUUACUCGUCCACGAUCUCGGAGACGCUUGAAUGUCAGCUUGAACAUUCACAUUCCGGUCUGUCUGCACUGCACUUUGUAUCGUUUGGUCAAAAAGGAACCGAGGAUUAACCGGAAGGCGGAGACGAAGGCGUUCACGGUCACACACCACACACGGCACAACGGAAACCGUUGUUAUCAGUGCGAGGGCGCGUCUGCAGCGUAUGCAAACACACAGAUACAUACCCAGACCUUAAUUAGAAAAUAUCAUAAACUCGGAGCGACCAUCCAGAACCAACCAGGUCUGCCUGUUCCCCCCGGCAAAAAUCCCCAAAAAGAUCGUGACUCCUAUCCGGUUCCCCGUAGGACUUUAGGAGAAGAAUAGAGGGAAAGGAGGAGUGAAAGAGAGAGAGAGAGAGCAAACACUAUGAUAAAACAUUAAUUUUUAACAACCAGCGCCCUCUGUUACUCCCUUCGUUCUUCUCGGCCGGUGCAGGGGUGUGGCCACCGAGCACGCAACGGAUCCUGCUACUCCUUAAAAGUCCUCGGUAGUCGACAGUCCACACAUACACCCGACGAUGACUCGGUUCGUAGUCAGUGCGAGUGCCGUCGCUGCAGCACGCGCCAUGACGGAUCGUGUGGCGGCCAUCUUUAAACAUAUCAACAGCUUUGCCUCCCCGCGACGCUACGGUUACGUUCACGUCGCACUGCUUACGGUGCUACUACUAGCCGCGGUUCCACUUCAAAUGGUCCACGGUAUCGAUUGCUUUAAGUGCGUCUCGAUGAAUGGUGCCAACAAGGCGUGCGAUGAUCCGUUCCACAACAAUUACUCAGCCGCCAUCCUGGAGUCGCCGUGCAUGGGUGGCCGAAAGGGUCGCGAUGGCCUGUUUCCGGCCACGUCCUGCAUCAAAAUAGCCGGAUAUUAUGAUGACACCGGAGAGACCAUCACUGUGAGGGGUUGUGCGCUGGAUAGUGGCACACUGACGACCGAUACCGAAAUCAUUCGCAUGUCACACUGUGGACGGUUCUACUACGACGAUAGAUACGUUCACGGAUGUCUACAGAGUUGCAAUGAUGCGGAUGCUUGCAAUGGAGCCGUACGGUCGAUUCCACGCGGAACGGCAUCGAUCUGGCAAGCGGUAACGAUUUGCCUGCUAUCGUUUGCUGGAUCGCUCCUGUGGACAUCGCUGGAAACGCCUCUGCGGUCAGCCAGAAGCUAACAAAGUGACACCAGUGCCAGAUAGAAGCCAGAAUGUGGUUGCCCUUACUCUAGUCCAACGUCGAAUAGCAGCAGCACCACCAGCAACAGAUUAUGAAAUCAUCGAAAGGACGCAAACUCUCUCGCCUCUAGCAUCAGCUGACAGAAUGUUAGAGGUACGAGGUGGGGUUGAUGGUAGCAUCAUUACAACCACCGCAUCCGAACGAAUUAACUAAUUUCCCCCCAAAAACAGGAACGCUUUGCGUUCGAUGCUUAAU